CAUGUCUUACUGCUAAAUUACAGCAGUCUCAAGUGGAAUGAAAAGGAAACGAUGAUGGUGUUUUAUUUCAUGCUGAUUCUCAUGAAAGUGGGCCGAUGCUCAGAUCAGAUCAUUGAGACGAGGACCGUUGCUGUUGGAAGUGAUGUGAGCCUGAGUUGUCCCCACCUGAGAAUUAAAGAACCAGAACCUGAUAUCUCUUCAGUCCCUCCAUCUGAUCCAGUCCGUCCAAGAGACUCCGUGACCCUGAAGGGUUCGGUCCUCUCUGACUCUGAGACCAAAACAUGUCCAGGAGAACACAGUGUGUGCUGUAUUAGAGCCGGGUCACAUCAAUACCAUCCAAGUUGUAAUGGAAACAGGGUUGAAGAACAAGAAGAGAACCCAGAGGGACUCUCAACAAAGAAAUGUAUCUCCAGCUUCUACAUGAACGUCAGCUGCUCUGGGCCUGGAUCUUACUACUGUGCUGUGGCUACAUGUCAGGAGAGGUGUCCUGGAAAUAGAUCAGAACCUGAGGCCGAAGCAGGAACAAGGAAUUCGCAGAAGGACAUCACAAUUAUCUUUCUGUUAUGUGUUGCUUUGGCUGCAAGUCUGAUUGUUAUUGCCAUUCUUAUUUAUUCAAUGAAGGAACUCAAGAAAAAAUCUUGUGGUGUUUGUGACGCCGCUGUUGUCCUGAAAACAAGUGUUGAGACGGCCAGUGGUCAUCAGCAGAGUCAGCAGACAGAUGAGGAUUUAUUGGUUUAUUCUGCACCGACCUUCUCUGCUAGAACAAAAGGCUCAAAUAAUUCAAAAACUGAGGAGGAAGAGAGUAUCUACACUGAUGUCAGGGCCCGAGGGUUGGAUUAACAGUCCUAACAUUGGGUUUUAUGUCUGUGGGAAGUUAAUUUCUCCUCUUGAGUUGGUAAAUAUUUUUUUAUUUUGGAUGAUUUAAAGAAGCAUGUAUUAUAUUUAUUUUAAGAUUAUAUUUAUCUGUUUUGUAAAAUGUAAAAAAAUAGUAUAAUAGCUGCAUGUGCGCUAAUGAUCCCAUAUUUAUAAGUGUGUGUUUCAUUGUGAGCUGUUAUUAAAGUUGUGAUUUUUCUAUCUGUCCCUUUGUAUGUCAUGUACUUUUAAAACAUCUACAGCACAUAACAUAACUGUCUGUGCAAUGCUAUGUAAAGAUAUUUAACUAACAGGAAUUAGUGGUUGUGGUGAUAUUCU